GUGUUAAAAAUCGUUUUAUAGUUAUGUUCUCCAAGGUUAUUUUAUUUGUAGCUUUCUUUGCUUUGGCCAGCGGUGGACUGCUGCCCAGUAAAUCUGCAAGCAGUGAGGACACUUUCGAUGCACAUCCUCGCUACGAAUUUGGUUAUGAUGUGGCGGAUGCAGUUAGCGGCGAUGUCAAGUCCCAAAAGGAAACACGUGACGGUGACCUGGUGCAGGGUCAAUACUCACUGAACGAUGCCGAUGGCUAUCGACGCAUUGUAGACUACACGGCCGAUGCCGAGCGUGGUUUCAGCGCAGUGGUGCGACGUGAGCCACUAACUGCUGCUGUUCCAGUUGCCGCUGUUGCAGCUGCGGUGGCUUCGAAAAGGUCAAAAUCAACUCUACUGACACCCAAACUACAGCCUGUUCAACCAGCUGUGGUGGUCAGAAGCUAUGCCACACCCACAUUGAUCCACCACGCGCCAGUGGCACAUGUUGUUCAUGCCGCUCCCGCACCAACAAUUGUGGCUCAUCACGUGCCAGCUCUGUUGAAAUCGUCGAUACACGCUGCUCAUCCACAAACUAUUUCAUAUGUAUUCCAACACUAGAGAGAGACAGAGUCUGAUAUCAUAAAUAGCGACUGAAAUGAAUGUUUAUUGCAUAUGAAUAAAUCGCCAAUUAAUGAUAAAGAAUAUAA